UUCUACAACAAACAGAUGGAGAAACUACUUCACAAAUACGGGGUGAUGCAUAAAGUGGCCACACCAUAUCACCCACAGACUAAUGGCCAAGUAGAGCUUGCAAAUAGGGAGUUGAAGAGGAUUUUGGAGAAAACAGUGGGGAACACAAGAAAGGAUUGGGCCAGAAAAUUAGAAGAUUGGUUUAUCAAUGCUCUCUGGGCAUAUAGAACAGCAUUCAAAAUUCCUAUUGGAAAGUCUCCUUUUCAGUUGUUAUAUGGCAAGUCUUGUCACCUUCCUGUAGAGCUUGAGCAUAAAGCUUUCUGGGCCACCAAACUCCUCAACCUUGAUUCUCAGGCAGCAGGAGAGAAGAGGCUAUUGCAAUUAAAUGAGUUGGAUGAGUUUAGACUAGAAGCCUAUGAAAAUGCUAAGAUAUACAAGGAAAAAGCCAAGAGAUGGCAUGACAAAAGGAUCUCAAAGAAGGAGUUCAAACUAGGACAGCAAGUACUCUUGUAUAACUCCAGGCUCAAAGUUUUCCCUGGCAAACUCAAGUCUAAAUGGACUGGUCCCUACUUGGUGACAAAGGUUCUCCCUUAUGGAAGCCUUGAACUCCUAGAUGAAGCAACAAAGAGCAAUUUCACAACAAACGGUCACAGGACAAAGCAUUAUUUGGGAUGCCCUUGGGACAAAGAGAAAGAGAGUCAGAAAUUAAGCUGA